CGUAAUUGUCCUCAAUUUCUUGCCCCUGAUCCCACAGAACCUAGUCCUGAAUUUCGACUGUUCUUUGCUUAAGCCUGGCCCCGGCUGGCUUCCGUAGAUAAUUUCCCUAUUCUAAAACCCCCCUUGUUGUUUUUGGAUCUUGAAAGUGAUGUCUUUCCCGUGGGAAAGGACUGGAUUCACGCGUGAGUGGACGAUGCAUAUAUUAAAUCUCCGCAACGUAUAGACUGAAUGCUUGACAUCCGACAUUGGCAAUGGUACUUAGCCUGCGUGGCGCGAGCCAUUCGGCGCUUUCGCCCUUUUCCAUCCGAUGUGGCUUCGCUAAAUCGGAAAAUGCUCGGUGGAUGCCGAAAACAGUGUGAGUGCUACGAUCGAAGCAAGUAUCGUGCUACUGUAAGCUAGCUAGCCAGCCGUCUACAAGUCAAGUGGUCAUGGAGGUAGUGGAAAAGAAAGACAACCACAGAAGAAGAUAAGAAGAAGCUAUUUUGAAGGCUGUUGUUGUUGCUGUGGUUGUAGAGUCAAAGAUCAGCAGCUGCAUUAUCUCAAGUAGGCGAGGAUACCCUCACUGAGAGAGAGGUAGAAUCAGCUUCAGGUCUCUCUUUAUCUGCUACCAGCUCAAGACACGGUCGUGCCAUCCCAUCAGAUUCUAUCUGAGGCCAAGCAGUCGAGUCUUCUUCUCCGUCCUUUAGAUUGUUGUCAGUAUGCCUGCUCGAACAGCCUCUAUGGGUGCUCCAGCCACGGGAUCGUCUUCUCGAAGCAGCUGGAAAUCUCGUCUGAUUGGAGGUCCAGGCAGCAGUCAUCGCCAAAGCAGUGCCCCCACUUCGACUCGCAAUAGCUCUCGCAAUUCAUCUCCCGCUGUCCGUCGCUUCUCGGGGAGAUCUUCUACUGUCGACGACGAGAAGAAGGAUGAAAUGGAACUCUCCGUACAAACAUCCAAGGAACCCACGCUGGCGGCAAGCCGACAACAACGAUCCCAAAAGAAAGGCAUGAAGGGACGAUUGCGCCAACUAUUACCCAAAAGCGACAAAAACCACAGUAGUCCUAUGAAUGCCAAACAACGAUCCUCUCCCACCAAACAAGAACAAUCUGCGGACGAUGAACCGAGAUGGUACUCAUCAUCCCCCAGCCAUGCAGCCCAACAGCAGCAGCCCUUUGAUGAACCCGUGCAGCAGGCAGGAGAAAGUACCAGUGGACCCAAGUCGCCAGAGAAAACACCCAUCACUAGUAUUGGAAAGCCGAAAUCACCGAAAUCACCCGAUAGAGACUCCUUGUUUCAGUGGCAAGAUGCCAUGGAAGAAAAGGAAGAACGAGAUUACAUUUACAAAAAGCAAUUCAUGAAAGAACGAGAUGGAUUCUGUCGGAGAGUAGAUACAUACGAUGGACAAGUCAUUGGCGUCGAUAGCGUACCCACAUACGAACUAGGAAACUAUCUCGGUGGGGGAGUGGCCGGCGUCGUCUACGAAGGACAUCGACUACGACCUAUUGAGGAAUACCCCGUUCGGAUUGGAUUCUAUGAUGGUGCUGCCGGUGGACACCUGUCGGGGGAUGAUACCGUUGCCAUUGUCGCUCCCGAAGAAGAGACCAGCAAACGAUCCACCAGCGGUGGGGGUUCUACUAUGCCCCUUUCUUUAUUCUGUGCACCCGCCGCCAUGGACCUGGAUAUUUCCGAACGAGGACAGGGCAAACGAAGCAUGUCGUCCAAUGGCAGAAGCCUCAAGAGUGAUCGAACAGAACUCACGGGACCAUCCACGACGGCCGGAUCGGUCACCCUGCGCAACGAAGAGGACACUGCUAUAGAAGCUACCAGUCCCACCGAUCAACAGGUGAUCAUGGUCGACACCAUUGAUGCUCCCUCCAGAUCCAAGCACUACGCCAAAGCCGUUGCCUUUAAUGCAGAACAACAGUGUCUGUCCACCAGUGGCAGCUACCAACCAGUCAACAAUACAUUGAUGGAAGAAACCGUCGCCAUUAAGAUUCUCAAUCCUGUGGGAUUUCGUAUUAUGAAUCCGGAAGCAACCAAAACGGCCGUUGUCGUUCGCAGGGGCGAAGACAUGGAAAAGGAUGUCAAGCGAGGCCACCGACCCAUGGAAGAACGGCAUGUAUGGUGGCUGGUGAAUCCCAAUAGUCGAAACUUGAGAACGCUGCAACGGUACAGUGGAGAUCGGAAUUCCGAAGUGCGAGGACCACGAGUCGAUCGAGGAUCGCCGGAAAAGGGGCUGAGAAUAAGUCUUGUCGCAGCCUUUGUCGAUCCAGCCAACAAUGCGCUGCGAGAGUUGCCAUUGACACGAUGUAUAGAAAUCUGGGGGCACAUUCCAUUUAGUGCAUCUGACAAUGAAUUCAAGGACAUGAUGGAAGCCAUUGAUCGAGUCAACGCUGGACUCCCCGCGCCACAUCCAGAUUUCUUUGCCAACAUUGGAAGAUCAAUCCAACGAUCAGCCACUGGUGGUUCGAGUUCCACUGCCUCUUUGUCCAUGGAAUCCAAGCAAGCCAUUGCGAACCCGUUAGCCAUGACCGCUCAAAGAACUGGAUUGUACAGAGCAGUAUCAACAAACAGAAAGACAGUCUUUUGUGACUCGCUCAAUGCAUAUAUUGCACUCCCUGCUGUCCCAUCCAAAUAUCUGCGGUGGCUUCGACAACGGAGAGCAGCAACCAAAGAAAUUCGCAACAUGAUGCUUAUAGGACGACACCGCAACGUGGUGCAUCUCUUUGAAGUCUUGGAGCACAUUCAAGACACCAAGUCAACCAUGUUUCUGAUUCUGGAGCUGGUGAAAGGAGGUGAGCUGUUUGACUUGAUCAGCAGCAAUGCAGCCAGAGUCGUACACAGUGAAAAGAUUCCAGAAGGAUUUGACGAAAACGAGACCAUCAUGAGAAAGUUCUUUCGAGAGCUUGCCAGUGGAGUCAGCUACUGUCAUUCCAAUGGAAUUGCACACCGAGACUUAAAGCCUGAGAACUUGCUGGUUCACAAUGGCCCCCACGGCGAAUGCACCCUUAAGAUUGCCGAUUUUGGGUUGUCUGCAGCGUUUGGGCCGCACCUCCAAAACCAGAAUGACCAGGACACGGUCGCAGAUUCUCUGCCGCCACCCACCCUGGCAGGACUUUCUCUCCACCCUGAUCAGAACGGCGACCCAAACUACAAUGCACGACGGGACGCUCCGGCCGCAGAGACGUCGUCCAAUGGGGAUUUUGCCUCCCCCAUGAAGGCGAUGGAUAGCUUUUUCUCUCAGGGUGCUUCAGCUCUUUCCUUUUUCACUUGCGGAGGAGUUGAAGAUGUCCUGUGUAACGGGAACACAAGCACUGCGUACGACGAACAACCACCGUCACCACUGAAACGGAUGACUUCAGUGGUUGGCUCGCCUCACUACGUUGCCCCCGAAAUCAUAUCUCAAACAGACGACUCCAGGGCCGUCAAGAACCAGCCACCCGGAGCUGCUCCCGCUCAGAGUGGGUACGAUGGAACCAAAGCCGACGUUUGGAGCGCCGGCGUCAUAUUGUAUGCGAUGCUGUUUCGCUCACUACCUUUUGGUGAAGACUUGCUUCGAUGUCCACGGUUCCAAUCGUACCGAAAGUGGUACGACGAGGCUCGGAAGAAAGGAGGGAGGAGAUCCAGCGCGGUGGCGUCCUUGCAUCCGAAUAUCACUGAAGCUGACCAAAAACAGUUUCUGGGGCCUCACUGGUUCUUCCCCUCUUCUUCUUCGAUUGAGUCUCGCGAUCUGAUUGUAGCUAUGCUGAACCCAGAUCCAGAAAGCCGACCGAAUAUCCAGUUAGUUCUACAACACCCGUGGCUGCUGAAGGAGGCUUGAGGAUGAUAUAGCAAGUUGUAUAGUUGGGGUUUUCAUAUACUUGUAGCUGUAAGUGUAGCUGUAGGUAGCCUAGUUUUCUUUUAACAUGAAGCGUAGAUCAUCUUCGUUGCACACUGCUACCUUCAUUGAUGUAGCCCUUGCGCAGCCUCCGAGGAAACCAAGCAAGCUGAACAGGACGCACAACACAUCAACAAUGUGCUUGCUUGUCUUGCCAUACAAACAUAGCAUUACUUCUGCCGCGACUGAUUCGCUGCGCCUGCGCUUCUGAGUACCAAGACGAGGACAGCAAGAACUGUGAAACCAAGGCACAACUAGAAACCGAGCCCCUUCGUGAACUGUUGCUAUGCUCCUUCUCCUAUGUGAAAGAAGCCGAAGAUAGUGUAGAAUUCUGGAUUCCAUGCCAGCGUGUCUGACCCUCUGCUGGCCAGCUUGACGCAUCCGCGAGAUGCUGUCUUGCCUGGCCUGUUCCAACCUCAUUCAGCCUGCGCUAUGCUUGUGCUUUUAAGUUGUUUGCUACGUGCAACUAUUUCUAUACCUGUACAUAAUUCGCUCUGCUAGUAGAAGUUUAAGUUCCAUCCAG